UUUCAAAAAAUAAUAAUUUUGACCACCUUCUUGAAUAAACAAUGAUUGGGCCUUGGUAUUAAAACAAACCUUGACACAACAGUUGCGGGCCCAAAUUAGACUUGGCCCUGGGUAAAUGGGUGAGCCCGAAUCUUCUGAAUACAAAGAUUGUGCUCUCUGAACAAAACGAGGUUGAGGACUCCAACUACUCGAUCUGGCUGACCGAGGUUCGUCGAGUGCGGUCGCGGCGGUCUGUGGUGACGGUGCGGCGUUUUGAAGGCGGGAAUCCGGCUGAGAUUGAUGGAGCUGCCUUCUGAUGAGCGACGCCGAGGCAGUAUGGAGGUUAGAGCAGCUGCGAUCUGAUCUGAGGCUCGACGGCGCCGGACGGUGAUUCUCGUCGGCGACUGCGCGGCGGUACUCCGGUGAUGGACUACGGUCUGAAUCGAUCUUCGGAGCUGAGUUCGUCGCCACUUCCUGCUUAGAGACAAAUCUGAAAUUUCAGAAGACAAUGAAAUUCCAAACUAAUCAGGUCUGUUGGCACAACACAAGUCAUGGACUCUGAGAGAGCUUCCACUCAUCACCAUGGAAGGAAUGCUUGAAAAUUAAACAAGCACAACCCUCUAGCUACAUUUCUGCAUUCCAAGGAAGAAGUCAUGUCAGUUACAAUUGUCAGCAGCUUGAUCUUCGCAAACAAGAGGAAGGCAAUGCAACUCUUCCCAAAAAGAUUGACGAUAGUCUGGAAUGAGUGGGAGCUCCGGGUUAUGGUACUAAUCAGCCUUUGCCUCCAAGUAGUCCUCAUUCUGAUUGGCAACUGGAGAAAACAUUCAACCAGUAACAAACUCAGAAUUGUUUUGUGGCUCGCUUACUUGUCGGCGGACUCAGUUGCAUCGGUUUCACUUGGCAUACUCUGCAACAGCGAAGAAGACCCUGAAGGUGAUUCUCAACACCCAAACAGCUUUAUAAUAACAGCAUUUUGGGCACCCUUUCUUCUGUUGCAUCUUGGUGGCCCAGAUACUAUUACUGCUUACUCAUUAGAAGACAAUGAGUUGUGGCUGAGGCACUUGCUUGGGCUAGUUGUCCAGGUGUCUGUAGCUGUUUAUGUCUUCCUCAGAGCAUGGUCUAGUAAAAUGUUGAAUUUUUUGGCAAUACCAAUCUUCAUAGUUGGUGUUAUAAAGUUUGGGGAGAGGACUUGGGUUCUAAGAUCUGCGAGCAGUGAGCAUUUUAGAGAUUCUAUGCUCCAGGAUCCUGACCCAGGUCCCAAUUAUGCUAGAUACAUGGAAGAAUACAGUUCAAAGAGAUCUGAGGGCUUCAGGGUUGAACUAGGGACAUUCGUUGAAGCUCCCCUAGUUGGUAAUCACUUGGAUCCUGCUGCAGCCAUCGACAGUAAUCAAAAUGCUUCAAGUUUAAGCAGAGCCUACAAGUUCUCAGAAACUUUUAAACGGCUAUGUGCUGAUCUCAUACUCAGCUUCCAUGACAUAGUAAAUAGCCAAUCCUUCUUCCAAACUAGAAGCUCUGAGGAAGCUUUUGAAGUUAUUGAGUUUGAGCUGGGUUUCUUAUAUGAUGUGUUUUAUACUAAAGCAGUCCUGGUUUACUCUGGUCUUGGUAGAAUUCUUCGCUGCAUCACUCUCAUUUUAACAGUUGUUGUAUUUGUAGCCUUCCUUCUUGAAAAGAAGCAAGCAUUCAAGGGAGUGGAUGUAAUAAUCACCUAUAUAUUGUUGGGAGGAGCUAUCAUCCUAGAAAUGUAUUCUGUAGUCCUACUGCUUUCCUCAGACUGGACAAGGCUAUGGCUCAGUAGGCACCACAAUGUGGCAGUGAGUCUCUUGUACAGACUCGUUUCGUCAAUCCCAUUGGUUAAGAACAAGAGCUGGUCUAAUACAAUAGCACAAUACAAUCUAAUAACAUUUUGUCUUAAAGCUAGGCCAGCAAAUUGUACUUUUCUCAAGAAGGAUUUCUUCCUGAAUCGGUUGUUAGAGAGGUACAGGUACAGAGACUUGAAGGGUGUUUCCAAAGAGUUGAAGAAUAUGAUAUUUGAGCAGCUACAACAGAAAUCAAGAAGUGCUUCCAAUUUCGUGGCUUGCAAACAAUUGUGUGCUCGAAGAGGUGACUGGGUGCUUGAAAACGAAGGUUGUCUUGACAAACUUGGCUGGAGCAUUGAUGAAGUUGAGUUUGACCAAAGCAUCCUUCUCUGGCAUAUUGCAACAGAUAUCUGUUAUCAUUUUGAUCUAAACAGAAACUUAAACCCUGAUAGUAACACAAACUGUGAAGCCAGCAAGCUGUUAUCCAACUACAUGUUGUAUCUUCUAGUGAUGUGCCCCUUCAUGCUACCCAACGGGAUUGGAUUGAUAAGGUUUAGGGACACUUGUGCUGAGGCUGAAGAAUUUUUCAAAGAAAAAAAGAUAAUGAAAUCAGAGACAAAGGAAGCUUGCACAAAGCUUUAUAACGUGUGUACAGACAUCCUUCCAUCCAAAGUGAAGGGAGACAGAAGCAAGUCGGUUCUGUUUGAUGCAUGCCGGCUUGCUAAAGCUUUGCAGUCACUUAAAACAGAGGAAAAUUGGUAUAAUCAGAAGUGGGAGUUGAUGAGUCAAGUUUGGGUGGAAAUGCUCUCUUACGCGGCCAAUCAGUGUCGAUGGGGUGAUCAUGCUCAGCAGCUCAGGCGAGGAGGAGAACUUCUUACUCAUGUCUGGCUUCUUAUGGCACAUCUUGGUUUAACUGAACAGUUCCAAAUUUCUGAGGGCCAUGUUAGGGCAAAAUUGGUUGUGGAGUAAACAACUAUGCUAUACUAACUAGUACUACUUGCAUUGAACUUUUGAAAUCCUGUGUAAGAAAUAAAAAUAGCUUGGUGUGUGGUAUUAUCUCU